GUAGCAUUACUCUAAUUUUUUCUCUCGAGUCUUUUAUGUAAGAAAAAUCAACAGAACCACAGAGGGCCCCUUUACGCAAAGACGAUGCAGGAGAUUACGUCUCGAGAAUGGCUGCCUCUGACUCUGAGGUGGUUUUAUCCCUUUGUGACACCAUAGGCCGCCUACCAUCUCUCUCUAUCUCUCUAAAUUUUGAUUUUCUCAUUAAAUGUUCAGCUGUUUUCUCUGGCCAUAAUUCACAUCCUUUUAGGGAUCAUCUGUUAUCUUCCUCUCUUUUUAUAUAAUCGGCUCGACCAAAGGUCAGCUUCUAAGGGUUUUGCAAAUUUCACAUUCAAAUCUGGGAUUUUCCUCCAAAGGAUUAAAUGAUUGAAGUUGAAGAGACGGGCUGAGAUUUGAGAAACGGUACGAAUAGAGAAGUCAAAAUUGGGUAUUGAUUGCGGGUCGAUUUUCAUAUCCAGUAAUAUUGAACCUUGGGCUCUUACGGCCAGCUUGAUACACCCGUUUGUUUUAGACGAAGAGGGGGGGUUUCAUAUACUAAGGACUAAAACGACAGAAGUCGUAAGAUUGAAAAUCUGGUUUUGUUAUCUUCCAAUAAUUUUUUCUUGGUCACCAAGCGGGGGUUAUUGUAAGUUGAUUCAAUGGAUCACCUUAUGAUGGUUGAUGACCCAUUAGGUGACAGUUCGGAUCUAGAAGUUGACGACAUAAGGUGUGAAAACAUUGCGGAGAAAGAUGUGAGUGAGGAAGAGAUUGAAGCAGAAGAAUUGGAGAGACGAAUGUGGAAAGACCGUAUCAGACUCAAAAGGAUUAAGGAAAGACAGAAGCUUGUAGCGCAACAAGCAGCAGACAAGCAGAAGCCCAAGCAGACCUCUGAUCAGGCUCGGAGGAAGAAAAUGUCUAGAGCACAAGAUGGGAUUCUAAAAUACAUGCUGAAGCUGAUGGAAGUGUGCAAAGCUCGUGGAUUUGUGUAUGGUAUCAUUCCUGAGAAGGGUAAGCCGGUGAGUGGUGCUUCUGAUAACAUCAGAGCUUGGUGGAAAGAAAAAGUGAAGUUUGAUAAGAAUGGGCCAGCAGCCAUAGCCAAGCACGAAGCCGAGUGUCUUGCCAUGGGGGAGGCAGAUAAUGUUCGAACUGGGAACUCUCAAAGCAGUCUCCAAGAUCUGCAAGAUGCAACUCUGGGGUCGCUUUUGUCUUCUUUGAUGCAACAUUGUGACCCCCCUCAAAGGAGGUUCCCGCUAGAAAGGGGACUUCCGCCACCUUGGUGGCCAACUGGGAAUGAAGAUUGGUGGGCAAGUUUAGGGCUGUCCCAUGGUCAAAGUCCUCCUUAUAAGAAGCCACAUGAUUUGAAGAAGAUGUGGAAAGUUGGAGUAUUAACAGCUGUGAUAAAGCAUAUGUCUCCUGAUAUUGCAAAGAUAAGGAGGCAUAUCCGCCAGUCAAAGUGCUUACAGGAUAAAAUGACAGCAAAAGAGAGUGCAAUCUGGUUGGGAGUUUUAAGCCGAGAGGAAGCUCUAAUUCGGCAACCUAGUAGUGAUAAUGGGGCAUCUGGUGUAACUGAUAUGCCACGACGUGGCCGUGGUGAAAAUAAGCAAGCUGCAAUUAGUAGUGACAGUGACUAUGAUGUAGAUGGUGUUGACGAUGGUGUAGGUUCUGUUUCAUCUAAAGAUGAUCGGCGGAAUCAACCGACAGAUGUAGAAACUUCAGAAAAUCUACGGAAUGGCAUUCCUCCUGUGCAGGAUAAAGAUCCGGGGGAAAAGCAACCAAGGAGAAAAAGAGCUCGUGUCAGAUCUAACCCUUCUGAUCAAGUGCCUGCAACAACUCACAAUGAACAUCUACAUUCUGAGCCAAGAAUCACUGUGCCUGAUGUAAACGAUGUCAACGGGCAGUUAGUUGAAUUCCAGAUCCAUGGAGAUAGAGAAGAAAAUGGUACAGUCAGUGCUUUGAGGCCCCUGGAGAAAGAUACUGGUGACCAGCUCCAGCUACCUGCAUCUGAAUGUAAUCGUUUCUCUGAUCUACCUUCUGACAAUGUAAUUUCCACACAGAGCAUGUAUGUGGACGGGAGGCCGUUGCUUUAUCCUGUGGUGCAAAAUACUGAGAUGCAUCAUGAUGAUGCUGGCAACUUUUAUAAUGACUGGCAGCAGUCUCAGAUUGUAAUCAAUGAACCUCAAAUUAGGCCGGAGGAAGUUGGAGUCAUACCAAUGCUGGAUACAAGUGCAAAUGAGAUUCCUGGAGGAGACCUGCGCUACUAUGUAAAAGACACAUUUACAAAUGAGCAACAUCGACCUGUUGAUUCACAGUAUGGUUCUGGAAUUGAUAACCUUCCAUUAGAUUUUGGAGAAUUGAACAGCCCCUUCCAUCUUGGAUUUGAUAGCUUGAGUCAAUUUGAUGACUUUUUACCUGACGAGGACUUGAUCCAAUACUUUGGUGCAUAAAAAAUUAGUGCAGCUGAUACUUCAGAGCUUAGAUUGGACUGCAAAACUUGCUGCAUCCAUUACUGACCUAGCUUAAGAUCUUUCUGCCGACUCAUUGGACAUGCUUCCAGUUUUGGUGUUUUCAUUUAUGCAUUGGAUGAGGGUAAGAACUUAUCUGCAUGACUCAACAUUUGAAAUUGAAAUGAUUAGAGGCAUGAUCUUUCGCGUUAAUACUUUGCCCCACUUCUCUCAUUCGGAAUGGCAGUUGCAGGGUUCUUGUAAAUAAUUCAAUUUGUUGGACUGGCUAAAUUGGGGAAGUCAUGAUGUGCCCCUCGUUUUCUUUCAUGCUAUGGAUCUGUGUGAUUACUUUUGAUUUAUUCUUGACCCUUCAGUUACCUGAGCAACUUCAUUUGGCAAUUUAUUUAAUGUACAAAGUGAGAUUGCUUUUUUGGAGUGAUCUAAUUCAUUAUUCAUUGAAAGGCAUAAACUGUCUUUUAUGUA